AUGAUACUCGGCGGCGAGCCAGCUCUCGAUCUUACUCCUCUCACUGCUGCACUGUCUCACAUCUCACCUCGCUCUACAGCUCCAUUCCCAUUGCAACCAACGCUUGGGUAUAGUGUCUUCCGGCGAAAAUGCCGACCCGCCACUCCAUCUCGCCUUCUCGAAGUCCUUCGCCUCGCCCACGAAGCCGUUCGCGUUCUUACAGUCGUCCACGAUCAGUUUCGCCGCGACACUCGCCAGCUCCUCGCGCGCGCUCACGUUCUCGAACUCCUCGAUCGCCAUUACGGUCGCCUACGCCGCGAGCUCGCAGCAUCAGCCCUAGACACAAUGGGCAUCGUGAGCGCGGCCGGCCACAGUCAAGGUCUGGGAGUCGGAGCCCGAGUCGAAGCCCAUAUUCUUCCAGAGCUCCAAGCAGAGACAGACAAGAAAGGCGGUAUCGUGACAGGAGCUAUACGAGGAGCCCAAGUCCACCGAGGCGAAGCACGAAAGUAA